GCUAGAGACAUUAUAUUUGUAAGUUUAAAUAAUUCAAAUUCCCAAAAUAUAAGUAAUUUAAGUGACCGGUCGCGAUUGAAGAAUGUUUAUUCGGUUGUCGUAUAAAGAAUGUAUGCUGUGUUUUUAAAACGAUAUAAAGGCAUGAUCCUCGCUAGCAUAUUGUUUUUUUAUUUAGGUUGUGGUAUAACUUUAAGUUUUAUUAGGAUAGAAUGUGCAUCUACAACAACAAACCCUAACACAAGAAAAAGUAAGGAGAACUUUGACAACAAUUUAGAUAAAAUAGAAUAUGCCGUGCUAAUUAUUAGCAACCCCUUGAACGAAGCGAAACGUGAUGCGAUAAGAGCAACAUGGGCUAAUUUUAUUGAUAAUAUAUUUAUAGAAAAUGGUGAGCAUUUAUAUAAAUGGAAUCACACUUGGACUGGGAACAGCAUUAAACAUGGACUUAUUAAAUGUUUUUUUGCUGUGGGUACUGAACAUUUGGACACAGAAAAGAUAAAAAAGAUCCAAGCUGAACAUACUAGGAGUAAUGAUCUACUACUUUUAAGUGAUUUUGAAGAUAGUUAUAAUAACUUAGCUAAUAAAUUAAUUCACUCCAUAGAAUGGAUGAGUAAUAAUUUAAAAGAACUAAAAUAUGUUAUUAAGUGCGAUGACGACUCAUUUGUUAGAAUUGACUUAAUUGUAAGAGAUCUUGAGGCUUUUGCUCCAGAAAUGAAUGGACCAACAAUCAGCCAAUAUGUCACAUAUAAGAAAUCUUUACCUACAUAUAAGGGCUUAUAUUGGGGGUAUUUCGAUGGCAGAGCAAAGGUGUUUUUAAAUGGUAAAUGGCAAGAAAAAGAAUGGUUUCUUUGUGACACAUAUCUGCCAUAUGCACUUGGAGGUGGUUAUGUGAUUUCUCGUAGUAUUGUUGACUACAUAGCCAAAAAUGCACAAUUUCUAAGUCAUUAUAAUUCAGAAGAUGUUUCAAUGGGUGUAUGGACAGCAGCUCUUGAUGGUAUUAAUAGGGUUCAUGAUACCAGAUUUGACACGGAAUGGAAAUCUCGGGGCUGUGAUGGCAGUAUGCUUGUCCGUCACAAACAAACACCAAGUGACAUGUUCCAGAUGUACAAAACAUUAGUACAUUCACAAGGAACUAAACUUUGCAAGACUGAAUCAGCUUUAAGAAAAUCUUAUCAUUAUAAUUGGAAUUCAUUGCCAAGUGUAUGUUGUAAAUAGGAUCUAGAGUAUUUUUUUUUAAAUGAUUGAAAAUUUUUAAUAACCUUUAACCCACUAACUUUUAAAUGAUUUUAAAAGUUUUUAAAAAAUCUUUUACCCUUUUAUAAAAUAGCUCUUUCAUGCAAACUAAAUAGGAUUGACUGUAUUUAAAAUGCCUAACUAACAAACAAAGAGAAAACAGUCUAUAUUAUAAUCGUUUUUUAUAUUAUUCAAUUGUGGAGAGUUCACCCACCUGCUUCAAAUUUGAAUUAUACAUGUCUAUUUUAUAUAAUUUGACAUAUAGACAACAUCUGUGGUUACUGCUCCAUUAUGUAACUUUAAAACUGACUUGUAUUGUGAAAUUUUAUAGCCUACAACUGAUUUAUGUUAGAUUAUUUAUUAUUUAUAGAUGAUAUAUAGCACAGGGCCAGUCUCAUUUUAUCAGGGUAGAGCAAGAUCGCUUCUUCUUCAGCCCUUCAGUCUUUCAGCCCGCCUUAGGGUCCGUUCACACAGACCGGCUCGGAGAGGAGAGCAGAUUUUUAUCACGUUGGAAACAGUGUUUUGAGUGAUUGUAGUAAAGUUUAUUUUUGCAUUUGCACCUUUUUUGUCAUUAAAAAUGCCUGAACGCGCUUCGUGUGAAGUAAUAAAAGGAGCCGACCGGCUCCGCUUGCGUGCUCUUUCUCGCUCGCACCCGCUUUCAGAUCUCUUCCAGCCGGUCGAUGUGAAAUAGUUGGCGGCUCCGCUCCGGCCAAUUCCAAGCGUAUACGACCCGGUCUGUGUGAAAAGAAAAAAGCAGGCCGAUGCUCUCCGAGCCGGUCUGUGUGAACGGACCCUUACGUUCCACCAUAUUUGCGCCGUUAGUGUUGACAAUUUUUUUUUUCUCGCUGGAUAAACGUUUUUACGCGUUACCCCCACUUGAAGUGGGGGUAUGUGAGUUUCGCCUGCGCUUAGAACGUCCAGUGCACCGGAAUACCAACUAAUAAAGCAGCGGUGACCGCACCGUCUCUUCGGAGGGCGUCAGGUGAUCGCUUGCACAUACUAGUGACGCCCCGACGGUUGACCCGCCCGUGCGGGUUUCUAAUCUCGGUAUCCCGGGAACCCAUUCAGCUCCAGCAAGGCAGAGCCUUGACCCUUGUGAUAAUGCUUAAAUCAUAUCUUUUACCACCUUAUCUAUACACAAUCAUUUUGAUUAUUACAGUUUCAUUAUGCUUUUAUUGUCAUUAAAAUAAAAUUUUGGUGCCCCUUAUCAUCUGGCGCCUAGAAAGACUGCUCCUUUCGCUCUACCCGAAGGCCGGCGCUGAUAAUAUAGCUGAUUAUCAGCUAAUAUACUGAAGCAAUAAAAAAAAACUAAAUAACAGCAAGUUUUUUUAUUUAGAAAUUUGAACACAAAAACAUUUGUCAAACAUAAUAAUUUGAAUAAAAAUAAGAAUAUAAACAAAAUGCAAAUAUAAUUAAUAAACACAUUUCAAAAUAACAUUUAUUCAAGUUAAAAGAUUAAAAUAAAUUAUUUUAAUGGUAAUGAAAGAUGUCAUGAAGAAUAAAUUCCAAGUGAAAAACGUGUGCUGUUUUUAUAUUUAUUAAUCUUAUGAAAUUAUCAAAGAAAAUUUCAUACUAAGUACUAAAUAUUUAAUUAAUAUACUCACCAAUGCAUUAUUCUAUUUUUAAAAAGUCCAACACAGAUAACGCAACUUCUAUGGCAGACAAAUGUGACAGUUCCUUGUAACUGGAAAGUGGGAACCAUAGACAUUGAAAGCUCUAUAGAUUAUAGCGACGUGUGCGUUAAUGCAGACCUAAUAUAAUUUGUUAAAUGUGCUAGGUCUACGU